AACUGGCUUUCCCUUCCUUAGUACUUCGUCUAUGCCUGUAGGCUCCUUUCUCCACAGUGCGACGAAAAGGAGCAUUUCGUCGAAGCCGAAGAGUAUCGUCUGUUUUUGUUAUUCAUCAGUCAUUGCAAUUCGUUAGCGGCUCGCACCACAGCUACAGACUUUUGUGAUUUGUGUUCCUAGAAGCAAGACUGCUGUUGGCGAUGUUGAGAUUCCUGCGGGGCGGCGGAUCAAGCCCUGUUUAGCGAGGUGGUCGGGAUUGUGGUUUCGAGGUUAGGGUGUGUUGUGAGUGGAGGUGCGUUUUGCGAUGGUGGCAGCGGGGCCUGCUGUUAUGCAACCUGUCUCGACGGCGCUGCCUGUAGAAUUAGAAGCGUCUGUCUCCUCAGCAAUGUCGGAAGCACAAAUGGUGUCGUUCCUGCGGCGGUGCUUGUUGGAUUCUUCGCUCGCUGUUCCGUUGCGAUGGCGGGCCAUCUUCUCGCUGCGGAAUUACAAGGGCGAUGAUGCGCGACAGGCCCUCGUCGAUGCCAUGUCCGAUGAGUCCAACUUGUUGGCGCACGAGGCGGCGUUCGCGCUGGGCCAAAUGCAGGACGCUGAGGCCAUCGCUGCUCUGCGUAAUACCUUGAGAAGCGUUAAUGAGUUUCAUUCAAUCGUUCGUCACGAGGCAGCGGAGGCCUUAGGUGCGAUCGGUAAACCAGAGUGUUUGGAGUUGCUUCAAGAGGCUCUUGUAAAUGAUCCGGCUCCAGAGGUGCGGGAAACCUGCGAACUAGCCUUGCAUCGCAUUCAUCAAGUUGAAGCAGAAGACUUGGAAGAAUCACCCUUUCGAUCCGUGGAUCCUGUUAUUGCGGCUUCCUCGUCCUCCUCUGUUGCUGAGAUGAGGAAGGUGCUUCUUGACGAAAAGGAGAAAAUGCACUUGCGUUAUGAAGCCUUGUUUGGUCUUCGUAACCGCGGUGGCCCUGAAGCUGUGGCGGCUAUUGUGGAAACUUUGCAUUGUGAAAGUGCUCUUUUAAAGCAUGAGGUUGCAUAUGUUUUAGGGCAGCUUCAAGAUAAAGAUUCAACGGAAGCUCUAGUGACUACUUUAAAGGAUGCAAUGGAGCAUCCCAUGGUCCGACAUGAAGCUGCUGAGGCCCUGGGCUCAAUUGCUGAUGAACGAAGCGUGGAGUUGCUGAAGUCUUUUCGCUCAGAUGCUGAACCGAUUGUUGCACAGAGCUGUGAAGUGGCGCUUCACAUGCUAGAGUUGGAGCAGCAAGGCAAAUCUUUUGAAGUCGGUUGUACUAACCCUGAGUGUGGAGGAGUUGACCAUUCUAGUUCAUGUGUGUUGGUAUGGUGAGUUCUCUUAGAUUAUAUGUAUAUUAUUUACUUCUGGAGCUAAUUUGCUUACUGAAGUUAAUCUAACUGUUUACCCACAUACCACGUGGAGAUUUUCUGCUAGAUUGGAUCUAUCUGCAUAGAUGAUGAAUGAGACUAUUGACGAUGUUAUCUUACAUGAUUUCAAGUUCGGACGUCCUACCAUACCUAAUACAGUAAGCCAAAAAAAAUUCGUUUUUUUGAUA